CCUCACUCCACCAUCCUGGGACCUUUCCUGCUGCCUCUGGACCCCCAAACUUGGUAGCAUCAUGUCGCUUGCACACACAGCUGCAGAGUAUAUGCUCUCUGAUGCCCUGUUGCCUGACCGCAGGGGCCUCCGCCUCAAAGGACUGCGCCUGGAACUGCCCCUGGACCAGAUGGUCAAGUUUGUAGCUGUGGGCUCUCCCUUGUUGCUGAUGUCCCUAGCAUUCGCCCAGGAAUUCUCUUCUGGGUCUCCGAUCAGCUGCUUCUCUCCCAGCAACUUCAGCACCAGGCAGGCUGCCUAUGUUGACAGCUCCUGUUGGGACUCACUGAUUCACCAUGAACAGGAUGGGCAUGGCCAGGACAAGGCGAAAUCUCUCUGGCCUCACAAGGCCCUCCCCUACUCCUUGCUGGCCCUGGCUGUGGUCAUGUACCUGCCAGUUCUGCUGUGGCAGUAUGCAGCUGUGCCAGCCCUCAGCUCAGAUCUGCUGUUCAUCAUCAGUGAACUGGACAAAUCCUACAAUCGCUCCAUUCGCCUGGUACAGCACAUGUUGAAGAUUCGGCAGAAAAGCUCUGACCCCCAUGUAUUCUGGGAUGAGCUGGAAAAGGCUCGGAAAGAACGAUACUUUGAAUUCCCUUUGCUAGAGCGGUAUCUGGCAUGCAAGCAGCGCUCACAUUCACUAGUGGCUACCUACCUCCUGAGGAACUCUCUCUUACUCCUCUUCACCUCAGCCACCUACCUGUACCUUGGCCACUUCCACCUAGAUGUCUUCUUCCAAGAAGAAUUCAGCUGCUCCAUCAAGACAGGGCUGCUAAGUGAUGAGACCCAUGUCCCCAAUCUGAUCACAUGUAGGCUGACCUACCUGUCUGUUUUCCAAAUUGUUAGCCUCUCCACUGGAGCUAUAUAUACCCUAUUGGUUCCAGUGAUAAUAUACAACCUCACACGGCUAUGUCGGUGGGACAAACGACUCCUAUCCAUCUAUGAGAUGCUCCCAGCUUUUGAUCUCCUCAGCGGAAAAAUGCUAGGAUGUCCCAUCAAUGACCUCAAUGUGAUCCUUCUUUUCCUUCGAGCCAACAUCUCUGAGCUCAUCUCUUUCAGCUGGUUGAGUGUCUUAUGUGUGUUGAAGGACACAACCACCCAGAAGUACAACAUCGACACAGUGGUUGAUUUUAUGACUUUAUUGGCUGGCUUAGAACCCUCAAAACCUAAAUACCUUACCCACCAGGUGUGUGAUGAACACCUAUAGUUAAGAAACCAUGAAGCAAGAAAUACUGUGAAAAGGAAAAGUCUCUCUCCUUCUUUGCAAGUCAUACAUCCUAAUACAAAAAAAAGAAAGAAUUGCUAAGCUUAGAUUUAGCUGAACCAUAUAUCCUGUAUCAGGUUAUCCUAAAGGUAAGAAGAUAUAAUCAAGACAUGGAAAUAAAUAUGAAAGUUGAAGCUGAAGAGUCAAAGAACUAGAAAAUUAGGUCUAGAACAUUCUAUGAGGACAGUAUGAAUAAGUAAAUAGAAAUAAAGUCUAGACAUUCUACAAAAGAGUCUAAAGGCCGUUUAAUGGAGGCAAUUCCAUCACCCCUCCAGGAUGUAUAUUCAGUCUACCUCAAGGAGCAAGUGAGGCAAUCCGGAAAGAGAUUAAUAAAGAUGUAAA